AUUAAGGUUGCUUUCCACAAUUCGUACCUGAUGAAACAAUCAAUUCAUUAAAUUAUUUGAUUACUGAUUCAUAUUAUGUUUCUGACACUAGAAUAUUUCCUGAUAUAAGAUUCACAUGUCAUGGUAUUAUUACUAACUGGAUAGUUUUUGCUCCUGCACAAGUUAUGCCAGUAAUUAAAAUAAGACAUUCAAAUAAUCUCACUACUACAGCAGCAACAUUAAACACUAGUGCUAGUAAUGCUGUUAUGGUAACUCCUCUUUUAUAUAAUUUUACAAUGAGCAAUGAGAUAACAGUACAACCUGGUGAUAUACUGAUGAUUGAAAGUAAUGCUACAAAUUAUAUGUUUUAUCAGCAAUACAAUGGACCACACAAUUACAGACUGGGGGGCAACAAUGAGUUAAUUGCAUUAGAUACCAAUGACUAUCCACUCAUCUCAGUUGUAGUAGAGCCUUUUACAGAUACAGCUACUUCAACAAUCAAUAGUACACAUGUUAAUACUGUCACUACUGUGCUUCCAUCAUCAAGCAUAUACUCCACAGCUACUGUAACAAUGGAAUCAAUGGAAUAUAGUACUACAUCAGUGAUGGGUACACCAGUUAGUACAUUACAAAGUACAGACAGUAAUACACUAAUAAUAGCAGGAAGUAUUAGCACAGCAGUAUUUAUAUUACUGGUAGUUACUAUACUAGUAAUAUUAAUAGUGAGUGUAUUAGUGUGUAGGAGAAGAUGGAAUAAAACAUCAAAUGGAAAUGAUACUUUCAAUUUUGUUGAAAGGAAAGCUGAUAUAAUUCAACAAUCAGAUGCACCAAGUAUGAAUACCAGACAGAAUACACUAACAGCAUCAACUAAUCCUGUAUAUGGAGUUACUGGUGAAAGAUGUAUUACUGAUGUAUCUGCUAAUCCUGCAUAUGGUGUUACUGGAAAAUCUGGUAUCUCUGCUAAUCCUGCCUAUGGUACUAACAGUGGAGGAAUAGAAAGUAUCAAUGAAGAAUCAUUAGUGUAUGAUGAACCAAGAACAAUGUAUCAUGAACAAGAGGUUAUAAUGAUGCAAAAUGAAGCAUAUGGACAAAUAGAUUUAUGAAACAACAAACUACACCUUCCACAUUGACACAAUUCAAUUGCAUUAAUUUGUGCUUGUGUGUUCUAUUAACCUA